UGAUUGAAUUUAGUUUGGUAGAUGAGGAAGAGGGAGGGAGGGGGUGAAAAGGAUGAAUAAUGAGAUAGUUGCUAUGAAAUUGAAAUUACUUCCAUCAUCAUCUCGUUCAUUAGCAGUUGCAGUACUGUGUGAUUCCAAUUACAAAUACAAUUACAAUUACAAUGCUUCUUCUUCUUCUUCUUCUUCUUCUUCCUGUUGUUAUGUUAAGAAAAGACACAGUAUGAUAGUAUACUCCUCCAAAAGCAGCAAGAAGAAUGAUUCUUCUAAUUCUCAACCAACUCCUCCUCCUCCUCCUCCUAGAAUCACUUCUAACGCCAAACAAAACCUUCGCUUUCUCAAGAUAUGGAAGGAGUACCAAAAACGAAAAUCCAGCACUCCAAGACCUUCAACUAGAUACCGUAAAAAGAAGGCUGAGAAAGAGGAUCUUGCGGAUGACCAAACUCACCUCUAUCGUGAUCCAACAACCUCCCUCUACCGCACAAAUCAUCAGCUUGGUGGUUUAAUUGACAAUGCUGCUGCUGUCCCUGUUUUGCUUGUUGAUGGUUACAAUGUCUGUGGAUAUUGGUUGAAGCUCAAAAAACAUUUUCUUAAUGGAAAACUUGAACUUGCUCGCCAAAAGCUUAUUGACGAACUUAUCACCUUUAGUAUCCUUAGAGAGGUCAAAGUCGUUGUUGUAUUUGAUGCCAUGAUGUCUGGAUUCCCCAAUCACAAGGAAUAUUCUUCUGGCAUCGACGUUGUUUUCUCAGCUGAUGCAUCUGCUGAUACAUGGAUUGAAAAAGAGGUUUCAGCUUUAAAGGAGGAUGGUUGCCCCAAAGUCUGGGUCGUCACUUCUGAUCACUGUCAACAACAAGCAGCACAUGGAGCAGGGGCCUUUGUUUGGAGUAGCAAGGCAUUGGUGACCGAGAUCAAGGCAUCACAAAAGGAGGUUGAAGACAUGCUUCAAGAGCAAAGAUCCACUUCUUUUCAAGGUAGAUUGUUGAAGCACAAUCUCGAUGCAGAAGUAGUGGAUGCUCUGAAGAACCUGAGGCAAAAGUUAUCUGAUAAUGAGUUGAAGUAAAAUAUCAAAUUAAAAUUCUAGUCAGAGAAUUUAAUUUGACAUGUGAAUAGGUUUUAAUAGGUUAAAGAUGCUUUAUUUUAUUUUAUUUUAUUUUGCAUGUCGGCAUGCAUUCAUUAUUAACUCGAAAGUUGAAACCCUUAACAUCAUAGCUGAUAACUAUUUUCUCACGUAUGUCAAAAUCUGAACUAAUUGAAUAUGACACUGGCUGUGUCAAACAAAACCAAGAUAUUGUAAACACUUAAAAUGUAUCAAUCAAAUGUAUCAGCAGCAUAUCUGUACAGAGACUAUUUCUAUAGAUUUUUGCUUGUGUGAAUGCAAAAUCGCUGUACUGCAUAACAAAUGUUACUUUAUGAA